UUUCACUGAAAAUAGUGGAGACUUCUUGAUUGAGGCAUCGAUCUGUCAUCUAACCCCAAGUAACCGGUUAAUUUCCGCUUUCACCUGAUCAGUUUUAGUCACACUAGAUGCGCUCAGCUAACCUUCAGAACUUAAAAAUAGAAGCCGAAACCCAACCAAGCAAUAGUUAAGGCCAAACCGGACCAGCUCAAUAAAUCGGUUUGGUUUUGAUCGCUAGCUGAAUCCAAACACCCAAGUUUAGUCGAUGACUCAACUAGACCUCAUAUCCACCACCUCGAAGUUGGUCUUCCUUGCUCGGUCCGGCUGGAUCGCAUCCGCGCGCAAACUGUUCGACGAAAUGCCCGACAGGGACACCGUCUCCUGGAACGCGAUGCUCACUGCCUACUCCAACUCGGGCCAACCCCACCGAGCCCUCUCCCUCUUCUCCAUCAUGAGAACGUCCGCCGCUUGGCCCGACUGCUUCUCCUUCACCGCGGUCCUCGCCGCCUCCGCCGACCUCCACGACCUCAGCAGCGGAAGGAAGCUCCACGCCCUCCUCCUUCGACUCGGGCUCCGCUCCUCGCUGCCGGUCUCCAAUUCUCUCCUCGACAUGUACGGCAAGUGCUCCUGCCCUUCGGAUGCUGGACGGGCUUUUGAGGAAAUGGAAGAACGCAAUGAGGUCUCAUGGUGCUCCCUCCUCCAUGGCCAUGUUAAUGCGGGACAGUUGGAUGACGCCCAUCAGGUGUUUGAUGAAAUGCCUGUUAGAAAGACGAUUUCAUGGAAUAUUCUUAUUAUGGGCUAUGCUCGGCUGGGCAAGAUCGAACACUCGAUAAGUUUGUUUAAGAAGAUGCAAUUGUUAGGUGUGGAAGGGGAUGUCAUCACAUUUAGCAGCCUCAUGAAUGCUUGCUCUGAUCUUUCAGGUCCUCGCUUUGGUCGUAUGAUCCAUGCAUUCAUUUAUCAAAAUGGAUGGGAUGUUGCUAUUGAGGUUAAAAAUUCAGUGCUCAGCUUUUAUGCCAAAUUUGGCUUCUGUAAUGAUGCAUUGAAGGCGUUCGAGUCUAUGGAGACUCGAACAAUUGUCUCAUGGAAUGCUAUGAUUGAUGCUAAUAUGAAGGUUGGUAAUGUGCAUGGAGCUCUCCUUUUGUUUCUCAAGGCACCAGAGACCAACGUUGUUUCAUGGACGGCAAUGAUUUCCGGGUUUGCAAGGAAUGGGUACGGGGAAGAGGCCCUUUCUCUCUUCGUUGGCAUGAAGAGGAAAUCCCUUGCACCUGAUGAUUUUACGUUUGGUGCCGUCCUCCAGGCAUGUGCUAUGUUGACAGUGCUAGCAAAUGGGAGAAUGACACAUAACUGCGUGAUUCACUGCGGUUUCGAUUAUUUUCUCUAUGUGGCCAAUGGCUUGGUGAACAUGUAUACCAAAUGUGGGGAUGUUGAAGCUGCGACUCAAGUGUUUGAUGGUAUUUUAAGGAAGGACUUGGUGUCAUGGAAUGUGAUGCUUUUUGGAUUUGCAUUGCAUGGAUUGGCUGCGAAAGCUUUCAAGGUAUACGAAGACAUGCUGGCUUGUGGCAUUUUGCCCGAUAAGGUUACCUUUAUAGGUUUAUUGAUGGCAUGUAGCCACGCCGGUUUUAUCGAGCAAGGUAGAGCCUUCCUUCACGUGAUGGAGUCAGUCCAUGGGAUCAAAUUAGAUACAGACCAUAUUACUUGCAUAAUUGACAUGCUGGGGAGAGCCGGGCAUUUGGGAGAGGCAAGCGAGUUGCUUGGCAGUUGUUCGAGGAUAGUUAGUGACAGGAUUACUGAUACAUGUGAGGCCUUGCUUAGUGCAUGUGCUGUUCAUGGGGAUAUGAGGAUUGGGAAGAUGGUGGGAGAGCAGUUGGUUCGUAUGGAGCCUCAGAAAGAGGUUGGCUAUGUGAUUCUAUCAAACUUGUAUUGUGUUGGUGAGCAAUGGAGGGAAGCAGAGAAGGUGAGGAGGGUUAUGAUGGAGCAAGGAGUUCAGAAGGUACCUGGUUGCAGUUGGAUUGAGGUGAGUGACAUGGUCAUGGAAUUUGUAUCUGGGAGCCAAUCUGUUAAUCACAUGAUACAUGUGCAUAAUAUGAUAGGAUUACUAAAUUGUGAAAUGAGAAAUCCUAGUUUCGUUUGCCUUAACAGUGAAUAA